AAAGCUUCCGAAGUAUCGUCCAAAUCCCGCGAUGUUUGUUUUUAUAUCACGGACAUUCUCGCGAUAUUAUUUGUAAAAAUACAGAAAACAUGGCGGACAGGCUAACACAACUACAAGACGCUGUCAAUUCGCUUGCAGAUCAGUUUUGCAAUGCCAUCGGCGUCCUGCAGCAGUGUGCUCCUCCUGCCUCCUUCAAUAACAUCCAGACGGCUAUCAACAAAGACCAGCCAGCAAACCCCACCGAAGAAUAUGCACAGCUAUUUGCAGCCCUGAUCGCCAGAACAGCCAAAGAUGUGGAUGUACUCAUCGACUCUCUUCCCAGUGAGGAGUCCACUGCAGCUCUGCAGGCGGCCAGUCUGCGGCAGCUGGAGGAAGAGAACCAUGAUGCAGCUGCCCGUCUGGAGGAGGUAGUGUACCGCGGUGACAUGCUGCUGGAGAAGAUCCAGAGCGCCCUGGCUGAUAUCGCCCAGUCUCAGCUCCGCACCCGCAACGGAGCACCCCACCAGCCCUCCCCGGCCGAAUCCUGACCCGAACAGUUCAACUGGACAAUUAUCAGUAUUUUUACCCUCACCUGCAAACCUUUAAAAAAAACCUCCAAAAUAUGCUGAAUGUGCCUGUAAAGGUAAUUUCGGUGCUUAUUUGAGAUGAUAUUGUCCCACAGCAGCCCCCAGUCUCAAGGCAAACACAUGUUGAAAAAGUGUUUACAUAUAUGGACAUUACUGCUGAUGCCAAGAUACUUGUGUAUGGUCCAAAUGGUCACCAUGUCAUGUUUUUUUAUGUUGUACAUUGGUUAAGUCUGUUUUGUGUAGAUAUUUAUGAAUGAAAUGAUAUUGUUAUUUUGGAGUAUCUAUACUGCAAAACCUGGACACUUUGCAACUAACAAAUCCUCUAAGCUCACUGUAAAUCUGAAGUGUUGUUUUUUUUAAUAAAGCUUGGACAAACA